AUGGCACUCUCUAGCACCUUUUGCAACCUCAACAUCACUCACACCAUCAACCACAACAUUACUAUUUCAUGUUUUCCACGGUUUCAACUCUCUCAACAUAAACACAAAGAUGCCAGAACUCACCAAAUCAAACGAAGAGAGCUCAUACUAAGGAGUGGAGAGUUAGCAACCAUUACUGCACUCUUCAACUUAAGUGGUAAAAAACCAGAAUAUCUUGGAGUACAAAAUAAUCCACCAUCACUGGCACUUUGUCCAUUAACAAAGAACUGCAUAUCAACCUCUGAAGAUGUUACUAAUCUUGAUCAUUAUGCUCCUCCUUGGAACUAUAAUCCCGAAGGUAGGAAAGAUCAUGUAAGCAGAGAAGAAGCAAUAGAGGAACUGAUAGAUGCAAUAGAAACAACAAUACCACCAGAAAAUUUUACACCAAGGAUAGUAGAUAGAACAGAAGAUUAUCUUAGAGUGGAGUACAAAAGCCCAAUCUUGGGGUUAGUGGAUGAUGUUGAGUUCUGGUUUCCACAAGACAAGGACUCAAUUGUUGAGUAUCGAUCAGCAUCAAGGGUUGGAAAUUUUGAUUUUGAUGUCAAUAGAAGAAGAAUUAAGGCGUUGCGACUAGAGCUGAAAAAUAGAGGAUGGGCAUCUCUAGACUCAAUGGCUACAUGA